AUGUCAUCAAAAACCUCUAUUACUGGUGUCCUUAACGUGACACCAGAUAGUUUUAGCGAUGUGGGAAAGUAUUUAUCCACACAGUCUUCCGUUUCUCAGGUUCAACUGAUGUUAUCAGACGGGGCAGAUAUUAUUGAUUUAGGUGCACAAUCAACCCGACCAAAGGCAUCCAAAUCUGCCGAGGAAGAAUUGGACCGAGUUAUCCUUGUCCUAGAAGCAGUCAAAAAUAUGCCCGAGAUGAAGGGAAAGCUUCUAUCUGUGGAUACAUUCUAUUCCCUGGUUGUUACUGAAGCAAUCAGCUAG